CGGAUUCGGGCCGCCUGUUGACAACAAAAUCUUGUUUUGAUGUCCUUCUUCUCGCGACCAUUCCUCAGCCAUCGGUGAUCAUUAGAAAGUUUCCUCAAGACAAACGCCACCUUAAGAGGAUCACGGACAGUCCUGCAGUCGCCGGACACCCUGAAGAUGUGAUUCAGCCGCCCAAAGGCGGAGUUCCUAUCAAAAUUCGCAGGAGAGACAGCAGCUUUUAUUUCGUCCUCGAUGCGCAGCUAAAUUUUUCAUCGAGAUGAAGCUCAGAGUGCUGAUUUCCAACUUUGUCGUGCUCCUCGCGCUCGCCUCGCCGUCAGGUGCCACUUUCUGCAGCGACGGAUUCUCAAAGGAACAAAGGGAGAACUUCUUUCACCUGCGAUGUCAUUGCUCUGGAAAUGAAAACACCAAAGAUGAAUAUGAGGAAACAAUCUCAAAAAGUCUGGAUGUCAGGCUGCAAGACAAAAGCUCCAUCGUGGUCGAAUUUGAUUUUCCUGCAAACCCCUGCACCUUCCAGCGAUACAGCAUCGAGCUGAAUUACGUCAACUUGACCGGCGUGCCGAAAGGAAACUGCUCCAUCUACCAUCCGGAAAAUCACACUUUGGACGACGAUCUAGACUCGCAAGUCACACCACUGCGGCACUCACUGCGCAACUACCACACCAGCAACCAAACUUCCUACGGACAGCAGUGUCCGAAGAGAGCCACUGUUGAAUUCCACCAUGUUUUUGAUGGCUGCUACUUUGUCUCGAUCACUCCGUACAAAAGUGGAGCCAACGAAGGCAACAAGAAGGCAGUGUUCUCGAGACCAGCUGUGUUGAGCACAGGAGUGACCAAGUCUGACGUCGAGCUGAUGAACACAACGGCCAAAGUUCACACCACACCAAAGUUGAUUAAUGGCACGGCCUUCAUGACCUCGAGAUUCACUUUCGAUGACCGCUCCUUGCAUAUGGUUCCGACAAUUGUCUCCAUUUCCUUAAAAAUGAUGGUUGACCUUCGAGGUGACGGGGCUUGCACCAGGUCAGGAUUCGAGUACAACUGCUGCGAGAUUAUGAAUGAUGAUGACUCAACUUUCCUGUGCACGUCUCACUUUGAUCCGAACAAGACAACAAAUUGUAAAUUCGACAGUGGUGAAACUUUUACUUCAGUUGAGUGCACCAUGCCAACCAAUUUCAAUGGAAAUUACUGUGUACUUGUUGAAAUUAAAGAUGACCGUUGUCCUUCCGUUGUUGGAGACAUCUGGAGCCUGGGCCAUGACCCUCAUGCCCAGUCCUGCAUUUGGCACCACAAAGGAUACCUGGAAAAGGUGGUACCACCCAGUGAGGUAAUCACAAGGCCUGCCCCGCCAGAAUGGUACGUCUGGUUGAUUCUCGCACUAGUCAUCCUGUUUGUGCUUGGAUUUUUGUUUUACUACUUCUAUCUCUUGUUGAGGAGAGGAUUUUUGGCUGGCCAGCCAACUGAUGAAGAAGGAGGCUCGGACGUCAUAAACACUGCUUUACCGCUGCUCUCUGUGGAAAAUCAAAAGAUUUUGCUGCUCUACGCUCGAGAUUGUGAAAAGUUUAUGGAAGUGAUGGCGCACUUCCGAGAAAUGCUCUCUGACUGUUGCAAAAGAGAGGUCAUUGACCUCUAUCACGAGUCUUACGAGCAGGAUUUGAACCAGCAGGGCUCUGACUUUUUGCUCGAGCUCCUCAGAAAGAACAAAACAUUUGGCAAAGGGCUCUUUCCAGAGGUCACAGUUGUGAUCGUCCUCUCCGAAUGUGGCAUUGCCCAUCACGUUGCCCAGAUGAAAGGCACCAGACUGGAAUACAAGGAGCAAGAGUCGUUUGACUCAUUUUUCCCGCUGGCUUUGAAAACGCUGAAAGAAGAUGUGCAAACCAACAUGUACAACCGAGUGCAUGUUGUUGAAUUCUCAGCGUUCAAAAUUCCAGCCAAGAGCCCGGAGAUUUUCAUCAACGCUCUCACUAGAUACAAGAUGCCUAGACACUUGAAGGAACUUGUACGAGCCCUAUUAAGAGCCAACAACAAAAGCGACAUAGAUGUCUGCGAAGAUAGUUAUCAAGAAUUAUUGGACAAAAUUGAGGAUCUUGUGGCCUACAGAAAGGAGAAUCCUGACUACCUGGCUUCACUCAUUGGCCAGGUGGCAAUGAACGGAAACUCCACUCAGCUGAACGAAGAAAAAUGAAAUCCCGCCUAGAAUCAUGUUGGGCAAUCAGGGUGCAUUUUUAUGUCAUAGGACUCAAAGACUGAUUUUUAAUGUGCGCGCAUUUGGGCAACUAUCAAAGGUAGCUCCAUCAUUUUUGUGGGAGUCAAACAUGUCCCUAUCUCCCUAUCGAGUUAUAUAAUGCUAUUGUGCAGCUUUAUGUAAAUACCAUCCGUCAACAAACCGCAGCUUAUUGUCCUACUACAUAUUGAAUCCCUUCUCAUGUGUAAGGUCUGGCAGAUUGUUUAUAAGAUUUUGACUUGUCUUUGAUUAGCAUUCAAUUUGUUUUUAAAUAUUAUACCGUCCCAUAAGUGUCUUUGAAAAUGUGCUUUGUUGAUUUGCCAAAUGGAAAUCAUGAACGUAUUACUUAUUGUUGCCAUAAACAGUUGCUGAAUCCUCAAAAUACAAGCCUACUUUUAAAUUUUGGAUCUAAAGUUUAUCGUGCAACAAACCUUUUUGGCUUAAAGUUUGAAUAAUGUUAUAAAAAUGGUUAAAAUAACCAGAUAAAUGGACAUGUCUUUGCAUUGUUGUUUUAAAUUACAUGAAAAGUUAACUCUUUGCCCCUGUAGUUAACAAAUCAAGCAAAAGGCUAGUUGGUUAGCACAAACUGGACAUGGUGUAUUCCUAAAAUCUGUCAAUAGUUUUGCUUAACGCAGGUGUUUUUGAUGCAGUUAGUGCCAUUUUCAGUGCAAUCCUUUUUCUCACAUACGUAUCUCAGGCAUAAUUUGUGUGUACAUUUAUCAUUUCAAAAUGCAAAUCAAAUUUUAGAAAUUUCCAAAAAUUGGUGUUAAAUUUUUAAAUCAUAGAACUGUGGAUCAUCCAAUUUUACUCUAUAAGCACAAUUUUCAGAAUAUACUCCUUAAAAUUUGUUAAGCUUCUGUGCCACUGGAAAUAAGUGCAAUGAUGUUACUGGUGUUCUAAGAUUAAGAACCACGUCUAAUUCCUAAAGCAGCCGCAAAGUCUGUGUGAUUUGUUCACACCAUAAAAGUGCAAAUUCUUCUCUCACUCAAUGCUCACUUAAAGUCAGCAUUCGAAUUCAAAAAUCAGUAUAAAUUGUGUUAUCAUUACAAGUACAAAACAUAUUGCAUGUUUCCUCUUGUCACAUCAGAAUCCAUUUGUAAUUUUGCUGAACUGGCCUGUGCAAUUUUAUUUAGUUAUGAUAAAUUAAUGGUUGUGUAAAUAAAGAAUAAACUCCUGACAAAAAAUAUAAGU